AUGGCUCAUGACGUCACUCCACAGCGCGAUUACUUCUUGAUCCUCGUCUCAAUCGUGCUCGUCAACUGUCCUGAAGAUCCGGAGCAUGUUGAGGUUACGAAGGGGUACAGCAACGUGCGGUCGGAACCCGCGUGUCAACCCCUAUGGAUUGCACCGCCGUCAACGUGUUACACGACGGUCAAGCGCUACCUGGACGACAUUUUUAGAACUGAUGACAGCGACAUGUAG